CAGAAUGUUGUCAUCUGUCAUAUGUCAAUUUUACAGACAUUCAAAAUUUUUGAACUUUUUUAAAUAAGAAAAUUUCGUUCGGUUUUUGUGAGCUUUUUAAUUAAAACAAAGUACUAUGGCGGGUGUUCUUUUUGAAGAUAUUUUUAACGUGAAAGAUAUGGAUCCAGAAGGCAAAAAAUUCGACAGAGUGAGUCGACUUCAUUGCGAAAGCGAAUCGUUCAAAAUGGACCUCAUUUUGGACAUCAACUCUUGGUUAUACCCGAUGGAAUUGGGUGAUAAAUUUCGUCUCGUUCUGGCCACGACCUUAAGAGAAGAUGGUUACGCAGAUGGCGGAGACUGGAACCCCCAAGGUUUGGAAAACGAAGGUUCUAGAGCGGACAGUUUCGAAUAUGUAAUGGCAGGAAAGGUUUACAGGAUAGAAGGAGACGAAGCUGCCAAUGAACCAUCAAGCAGAUUAGCUGCCUAUGUGUCUUUCGGGGGCUUACUCAUGCGUCUACAGGGAGAUGCCAACAAUUUACACAGUUUUGAAGUUGACCAACAUAUGUACCUCUUGAUGAAGAAAAUAUUCAUGUAAUUCCUUUACUUUAAGACUUUUAAGUCCAAACUGUUAGUCCGUAAGAAAGUUUUAAAUAAAAAUUUUGUAAUUUUG